AUGCGAGAUGUCAAGGGCUCAUCCAAGAGCUUCCCCAAGCACGAGGUGAAGCAUGUCUCUGACCAUAAGUACCAUGAUUAUGUAUAUAACUUGAGAUUGACCCAUCCAUAUAUUUUACUGAUGUUCAUUGGCUUAUUAUCAAGUUACCAUUGUACUUUUUUCCGUAGAGCGCUGCCCGGUCUUGUGAAAUUUAGUCCUGAUGGAAAGUAUUUUGCAACUGGGAGUGCUGAUACAUCCAUUAAGUUUUUUGAGGUUGCUAAAAUUAAGCAGACUAUGGUAGGGGACUCCAAAGAUGGUCCUGCCAGGCCUGUGAUUCGCACAUUUUAUGAUCACACACAGGCCAUCAAUGGUCUGGAUUUUCAUCCUGAGAGUCCAAUACUGAUAUCAGCUGCAAAAGACAAUACAAUAAAAUUCUUUGAUUUCUCAAAAACCAAUGCGAGGAAAGCGUUCAGAGUUAUUCAGGAUACUCAUAAUGUUAGAUCUGUAUGUUUUCAUCCUUGUGGGGAUUACCUUUUAGCAGGGACUGAUCACCCAGUUGCUCAUUUAUAUGAUAUAAAUACUUUUACAUGCUACUUAUCAGCAAAUGCACAGGAUUCUAGUUCUCCCAUUAACCAGGUACGCUACUCUUGUACUGGGAGCUUGUAUGUUACUGCUUCUAAAGAUGGUUCUUUGCACAUUUGGGAUGGAGUUUCUGCUGAAUGUGUUCGACCUAUUACUGGAGCACAUGGAUCCGCAGAAGCUACCAGCGCAAUUUUCACCAAAGAUGAGAGGUAA